CUUUCAGUGUCAGUGAACAAGAAACUAAGUGGAGCGCACGUAGUUGCUGUGUAAAUUUAAAUUUGUAAAAAUUCGUAUACUUAUCCGUCUUUAUUGAGUACAGAGUAUUAAAAAUAAAAAAGAAUUCUGCAAGCAUGAGCGAAAUAAGCAGCGCAGAUAAAUUGGAAUAUGUUAAGUCAAAGAUCGGCAAAUAUAUGGACUUCCCUAAGAAGGGCAUCGUUUUCCGUGACAUAUUCGGGGCUCUGACUGAUGGCAAAGCGUGCGUUUAUCUGCGGGACUUGUUGGUGGAGCAUAUCCGCACCACUCAUCCAGACGUGGAGCUUAUAGUGGGUCUGGAUUCGCGUGGUUUCCUCUUCAACAUGCUGCUGGCCACUGAGCUGGGCGUGGGCUGCGCACCGGUACGCAAGAAGGGCAAGCUGGCUGGUGAUGUGGUCUCCGUAGAAUAUAAGCUGGAAUAUGGAUCCGACACCUUUGAGCUGCAGCGCACAGCUAUUAAGCCUGGCCAAAAGGUCAUCAUUGUGGAUGAUCUUCUGGCCACGGGUGGCUCGUUGUCGGCUGCCAGCGAAUUGGUUCGCAAGCUGGGAGGCGUUUUGCUGGAAAGCUUGGUGGUUAUUGAGCUCGUGGACCUCGAAGGCCGUAAGAAGCUGGAUUCCAAUGUGCAUUCCCUGAUACAGUACUAAACAAGCCACAGACUUUCCAUAAAUGCAUUUAGAUGGAACUUCUCUUACCUCAAGGAUCACCCAAGUGAAUUUAUAUAAACAUUUUUUAUAAAAUAAGCAAUGAGAAUACUUGCAUACAAUGGUUGUCAAA